AUGUUUUCAGUACCCACACAAAAACCUGCCAUUGUGGUCAGUGGGCCACCAAAAUAUGAUCGAGAAGAAGCCAAGCUCAGGCAGAAGAAGCUUGAGUUCCAACGAACGCAGAUUGAAAACGAAAAUAUUUUAAUGCUGGAAAGGUUGGCUGACAUAAUGGCUCCCCACCCAGGAGGACCCAGCUGGAAUGACUACAAGAAAGAAAAAUGGAGUGGCACGCCAACAACGCAUGGCAAGCUGCCUCUAAUUUCACAAGAACCGAGGAGCGUGAUGUCCAGAAAACCAUUGCCGAAGGCUCAGAAGGCAGAGAAGGACUUUGCCACAAUUGAGGCAGGAAAUAUCGCCAUCCUAGAGAGGCUGGCUACAAUAAUGGCCCCACGCUCAGGUGCUGCCACCUGGAGCAAUUAUGAUUUCAAGAGCCUGAGUGCACCUAAAUACGCUACCAGGAUGCCAAAAAUUACACCAACUAGGAAUGUAGCAAAUCAGAAUAGCAACCGCCCAAAAGACUUGAAGCUGAAGGAAGUCCCCAUGAAAAAGGGCAGUAUUGAAACAGCCAAUCUUCUCAUGCUAGAAAGACUAGCUAAGGUAAUGGCUCCUACUCCAGGUGGACCAAGUUGGAAGGACUAUGAAUCAAAAACUUAUGCAACGAAUCAAAGAUCAACAUCGUUUCCUAGCAUUCCCAAGGACAGGGGUGGAAUGAAACAGAAGAAACAGAAAUAUAGCACAAGUGAUCAGAAUGAUAACUGGAAGGACAUCAACCAAAAACUCCCUCCUGUCUCCUCAAACCAUAAGAAAAAUGAAAACUGAAAGGCCAACGUUAAGGAUUUGAUAAGAAGCUGGAGUGAUAGUACAGUGGCAUCUGCUAUUUGAAGUGCACUACUCACAUAAUGUGUUGAUCAUUGUGCUCUGUUUCUAU